AUGAUUUUGAACAUUCAUCAUAUAGUAUAUAAAAUAUCACUUGAUUUAUUUGAAAAAUCAUAUUGUCCAUUGGAUUAUCAUUUAGCAGUUUGUUCACCUGAUGUUUUACAUUUAUUUAAAGAUUAUUUUGAUUUCAAAACAACUAGUGAAUUCCUUCAAGGUAAAUAACGUCCGAUCGAAAAGUUUUUGGACAACAUGAUGAAAGGUGAAACAUAUA